CGGUCGGAUUUCACGUCAUCCGCGGACAGAAAAUCAAUCUCGACUGACCAUCGACUUCACUUUUACAAACACCCAUUACAAUAGCACAAAAUGGCAUCAGAAGACAGCCAUCCUACACAUUUACCGCCCAGUGAAUUGGGUACAAAGGACUACUGGGAAACCUACUACGCCCGCACCCUCUCACACAUCUCCUCAAAACAAAAACCCAGCAUACCAUCCACCCAAACCCACCGCGAACCAGCCCGAGACCGCGACGAAGGCUCGGACUCGGACUCGCAUUCAGACGAAGACUCAGACGAUGAAGUCGACGACGACGAUGACCCCGGCACAUCAUGGUUCUCGGAACACAACGCCCCAGACAAGGUGUUGAGGUUCUUAACCUCGGAGGAGUUUCCGCUUGCGCCGUGUAAUACCACCACCACAGCUACAGCUACAGCUACAGCUACGAACAACCAACCGAGUAUCCUCGACCUAGGAACAGGAAACGGGAGCAUGCUGGCGCUAUUACGGAAACGGGGUAAAUUCGGGGGAGUGAUGGUUGGCGUGGAUUAUUCGGGGCAGAGUGUCGAGUUGGCGAGGGAGUUGCAGAGGUUGAGGAUUCAUUCUGCUUAUUUGUCUGAUUCCGAGGAUGAAGAUGAUGAAGGUGAAGGGGGCGAUGAGAAUGAGGAAGGGAAGAGUGGAGAUUCUGAUACUAAUAUCCGGUUCGAGGAGUGGGAUAUUCUUGGGUCGGGGCAUGUUUUGUCAGAAUCUGCUGGGUCAGGAUCAGCAUCUGAAGGCCCACGAUUGGAUUGGUUCCCGUAUGAGCAGGGUGGAUUUGAUAUUGUCCUUGACAAGGGCACAUUCGAUGCCGUCUCGCUAUCUGAUGAAGUGGAAACAGCAGCCACUGACGAAGGCAAGAAGGGUUCCAAGGUGAUCCAGCGCCGAGUGUGCGAGCGAUACCCCGAUAUCGCGCGGCGAUUAGUCCGCAAGGGUGGAUUCUUGGUUGUGACGAGCUGCAAUUGGACCGAGGAGGAGUUGAUUAAAUGGUUUACGGGCGAGGGCGAAAAGAAGGAUAGCGAGGAUCGGUUGUCUGUUUGGGGACGGGUGGAGUAUCCUCGCUUUCGGUUUGGGGGGAUGGAGGGACAGGGCGUUUGUACGGUGUGUUUUGAGAGGAGGUGAUUCUGUUUAGUACAUAUAGAAUAG